AUGUCAACAACAACCCGGAGCAGCUUAGCCGCCGGCGACAGCCUGACGCCACCCAACUACAUCACCAGCCCCUCCGGCGACUUCGCCUUUGGUUUCCGCGCCCUCCUCGACUCCAACUCCUCCUUCCUCCUAGCGAUAUGGUUCCGAUUCGAUGCCGGGAGGAAGGUGGUGUGGUUCGCCGCAGACGCGGCGGGCUCAGGCUCCGCCGUGGUGGUUGCCGCCGGCCAGUCCGUCCUGAAUCUCACCGCCGCCGGCCAGCUCUCCCUACUAGCAGCAGCUGCUAGCCCCAGCAAUGCGGCCUUGUUGUGGAGCCCGUACACUGACCCUAGCCAGAACUACGGCUCCCUUCUCGCGCUGCGCGACACCGGCAACCUCCAGUUCCUCGCCGCCGACGGCACCACCGUCGUCUGGGAGAGCUUCGGACACCCCACGGACACUCUCCUCCCCGGGCAGGUCAUGCCCCCUGGAACACUCCUACGGUCUAGGGCCUCGGACGACGACGACACGGACUACUCGUCUACCGGCCGCUUCAUCCUCAUCGUGCAGAACGAUGGCAACAUCGUCUGGUACAGGACGGACCUGCCAGGAGGUAGCAGCACCUCCAGCAACGCCUACUGGAGCACCCAGACUUGCUGCGUCGCCAAUGGCAACACGACGCUCUUCUUCGACGCCGAGCUCGUCGGCCACCUCUACUACCAACUCACCGACGGCACCAGCCGGAACCUGACAGCCCCUCAGCGCGUUCCUGCUUCCGCCGCCGGCACCGGCAGUAGCUUCUUCUACCAGCACGCCACGCUCGACCCAGACGGCAUCCUUCGUGUCUACAUCCUCCCCAACAACACCGGCGGCCACGGCGGCGGCGGCAACGCCACCACAUGGUCCGUCGUGAACCCGCCGGUACCAAGCGACGGCUGCCAAGCGGUGACCAACGGCCGGCGUGGCAUGUGUGGACCAAACUCCUACUGUGUCUACGACGCCGACAACCGGCUCGACUGCGAGUGCCUAGCUGGCUACACCUUCUUGCACACGCAGUCUAGGUACCAGGGCUGUGCUCCAGCAUUUCUUCAGGACACCUGCAACAACAAUGAUCACCGGCGGACGAAGAGCCAUGCUUCUGAGUUCCAGCUCGUGGAGCUGCCCAACACGUACUGGGUGGACACGAUAUUCUACGAGCAGCACCAGUCCGUGACGGCGGCGCAGUGCCAGGACCUGUGCUUGCACAACUGUCACUGCGCAGCUGCCUUGUUCAAUGGAAGUAGCAACAGCUGCUUGGAGGCUCCUAUGCUCACAGCUGGGUGGCAGCAGAAUGGCACGAGCAUCAGCACACUGGUGAAGGUCCGGAUCAGAGGACCCCCUGCUGUGAUCCUGCCUUACGCAGUCAUUGCUGGACUGGGCAUGUUAUUUCUGGUCACUGCUUGCAUCCUCCUAGUGCAUUGCUACAUCACUAACAGGAAUGCAAGAAACAGGAAGCAUCUGAGCGCGACGGUCUUCACUCGCAAGGAGCUCCGGCGAGCGACCAACGGGUUCAGCAAGCUUCUUGGCCAGGGAGGAUUUGGCAAGGUCUACCAUGGCAUCGUCAAGUCCCUAGAACCACACGAUGUCGCCGUGAAGGAGCUCAGGAGCGGCGACGAGUACCAGGAGACGGAGUUCGAGAACGAGGUGCAGUCCAUCGGCAGGAUCCACCACAAGAACCUGGUCCGAAUGGUCGGCUACUGCAAGGAAGGCGUGCACCGGAUGCUCGUCUUCGAGUUCAUGCCUGGAGGCUCCCUCGGCGACGUCCUCUUCAAGCCCUCCGGCGAGAGGCGGCCGUCCUGGAGCUGGCGCGCCGAGGCCGCCGUGGCCAUCGCCAGAGGGUUGGAGUACCUGCACUACGGCUGCACAGCUCAGAUCGUCCACUGCGACAUCAAGCCCGACAACAUCCUGCUGGAUGACAGGCGAAUCCCCAAGAUAACGGACUUUGGGAUCGCAAGGCUCCUCGACGGCGACAAGCUGAAGCAGACCAUCACCCAUGUCCGAGGCACGCUCGGGUACCUUGCGCCGGAGUGGUUCAGCAGCGAGAGGAAGGUGGACAGCAAGGUGGACGUGUUCAGCUUCGGCGUUGUUCUUCUGGAGAUGAUCUGCUGCAGGAAGCACCCACCACCACCACCACCACCGGCACCGGCACCGGCAGACGAUGGUGGCCAGGAUGGGCCGCGAUGCAGCGACGACGACGAUGACUCGGAGGAGGACAUAGGCAUGCCCGUGACGCUGAGAGCAUGGGUGUCGGACCUGGUUAGGGAAGGCGAGGUUUGGCGCGCUGUGCAGGGAGACAAGGAGGCGCUGCAGGACCUGGAGAGGGUGGAGAGGUUCGCGCGCAUUGCGAGCUGGUGCGUGCAGGGGGAACCAUCGAUGAGGCCAACGAUGAGGAGCGUAGUGUGGAUGAUGGAGGGCGCCAUGGAAGUGGAUGUUCUAUUACCAGCUGAUGACCCUCCGGCUCCAAGAAGGGUUCAUGACUUCUCUGCAGCGGCGGGUAGUAGUGGCACUCAUGACGAUAACUCCAACUCCAACUCCAGUAGUAUAUAUAUGACUGUGAUUGAGGACUGUUGA